GAAACGAAAAGGUCCAAAAUAAAUAAGAAAUCUAUAAAAAGGCCAUGAAAUCCCACACUCUCUCUACAAAAUCUCUACUCAUAAUCACACUCUUCGUCGUAAUUACAAUAUCUUUAUCAACAGCAGCGGUUUCAAGCCUUUUCAGCGACCAGACAAUGGCAACUCUCGGCGGAGUUCACGAAUCCCAAGGCAACGCCGCGAACAGCGUCGAGAUCGACGGUCUCGCUCGCUUCGCCGUCGAUGAACAUAACAAGAAAGAGAAUGCGAUGGUGGAGUUUGCGCGCGUGGUGAAAGCCAAGGAGCAAGUGGUGGCGGGGACGGUACAUCAUUUAACAAUUGAAGCAAUUGAAGCGGGGAAGAAGAAGAUUUACGAGGCUAAAGUUUGGGUCAAACCGUGGCUCAAUUUUAAAGAAUUGCAAGAGUUUAAACACGCCGGUGAUGCUGCUUCUUCAAUUACCUCGUCGGAUCUCGGUGUUAAGAGAGAGGGGCAUGGUACAGAAUGGAGAGAAGUUGCAGGACAUGACCCAGCAGUACAAGAUGCAGCAACUCAUGCUAUAAAAACCAUUCAACAGAGAUCCAAUUCUUUGUUCCCUUAUGAACUUCAAGAAGUUGUUCAUGCUAAAGCUCAGGUGGUGGAUGAUUCAGCCAAAUUUGAGAUGGUUAUCAAGGUGAAGAGAGGAACGAAUGAAGAGAAGCUGAAGGUGGAGGUUCACAAGAACAAUGAAGGAACCUAUCUCCUUAAUCAUAUGGAGCCACACAACUGAACUGACUGCUGAAUGUACUGACCAAUAUAAUUAUUAUUACUUAUGUAUUAUGAUUUUCUUUUAAUACUGUAACUAUGGAUGCUUGCUAUUAUUAUUAUUAUUAUGUAAUUUGGUUGCCUUUUUAUUAUGCAAAUCUAUUUCUAUGGUUAUCAAUA